UAGCUGCAACAUUCUACCAACUUUUAAAGGGAAAGACGAGAAGGUGGCCUGAAUGAAUGGAAUACUUUUUUUUUAUGGUUGAAAAUCGGAGGGACAGACUGAGACUAGGCGUGGAAUUACGUCGCCGACUUCAAAUUGCUUCACUUGCGCGAAUGCAAUGUAGAAUAAGUCAAUGGACGAAAGUUGCAACAGAGUAGUCUGUGCUUCUUUCACCUAUGGUAUAAUGGACGAUUAAAAUAAAUAGUAGUAUUAUCGUGAGCUGGUGAGAGGGAGGGGUGAACGCUACGGUGGUUGCACAGUUCAAGCCUAUUUAUGACGUGGAUGUCGAAAAUAAUGAUUUUCGUGCAGCAACAGGUUACUGCUGCAUAGUGGAGUAAACUAUAACAGCGUGUCCUUUUGUCAUAUUGCAGAAUUUACCUUUAGGCGGUGUUUAUUACUUGUGUGAGACCUAUUCUGCACCAGUCAGCCAUUAGCCUAUUCCAUUUUGGUGGAGACUGAGUCAGCCGUGUGACAGGUUAGUUUAUUCACGAAAGGUUGGAUUUAUUUCAAUGCAUUGUUUUUUAACAGGUUGACUGCAGUGCUCUCAAGCUAACUUAUUUACAUAGAACGAAUACACGAGCACGCACGGCGUUCCAAAAAAAGAAGACAGUGGUUUUAGGCGAAAUGGAGAGUGAUAAAAUGGCACAUUAAUGUUAAAUGCAAACUUCAAGACCAGACCAUCGGAAUCUACCAUUCAUUGAGAACAGACAUGAAGACGACCAACCAUAGGUGAUCUUCUCCCCUGGGAUGUGUUGUUGGUGAGUUUUCAGGCGUAGAACCAAAAACAAUACUUAAAUGGUUCCAAACAAGUGGACCAUGAAUUCAGUUCUACAGCACAAGUCACCGCCAAAGAGUUGGCUUCGUCUCCGACUACGACUCAAUGAGAAGCCCGUUCAGGAGGAGGACUGGGUGGUGUGCCAGCACGCUGAAUGCCCCGACCGUCGACGAGCCUCGAAGAUUUCCAUAGAAUACCCUUAAUUUGUCCAGUCAGCUGACAAAACUGUACCUGUCAGAGGAUGGCACGGCAAAGCCUUGUUCCUUCACUUUUGCAGCAUGAGCCCUGGCUGGCGUGGCGGGAGUUGAGGUCACCUGUCCUGUUCACUGAAUCAAUCCAGGCUGUUCUGAGGUACUGGCAGUGCCUACUAUAGCUGUCUACAAGUCGAGUCAUCAUCACAUUAUUCAACACUACCUGUACUGAGGUGUGCCACCACUCGGACUGCCAGGACCUGAACAACAAGAGCCCACUUAAUUUGUGUGAGUCAUGUGACUCCCGCUGCCACCUGGAAGACACAGACAACAUGCACUUUGACCGACACCCCCGCUUUGACCUGCAACCCCAAGGUUCCAUCCUGGCCCGGAAUGUGUCGACGCGCUCCUGUCCCCCCCCCACCAGCCCCCCCUCUGACCUGGAGGAGGAGGAUGAAGGGGCCAACAACCAAGGGGAGCGUAAAACUGGGGGUCUGAAGUUGGUGAAGAAGAAACCACGGCGACGGCACACAGAUGACCCCAGAAAGGAGUGCUUCAGCCUCAAGUUUGAUCUGAACGUGGACAUUGACACAGAGAUCGUCCCCGCUGUGAAAAAGAAGACCCUGAGGGAGGUGCUGGGCCCUGUGUUUGAACGAAAAGGUAUUGAGUUAUCCCGGGUAGAUCUGUUCCUAGACCAGUCCAACACUCCGCUGUCCCUCAACUUUGAGGCCUACCGCUUCGGGGGCCACUAUCUCAAGGUCAAAGCACGGCCAGGUGAUGAGCUGAAGGUGGAGCAGGGAGUGAAGGACCUGCGCUCGCUCAGUCUGCCCAACAUGAAACCCUCCUCUGGGGUUCAGAGCCCCUACAUCCUCACUGCGGGCAGCGAGAGGGUGGAGCACGGCUCUCUGGGACGCAUGAAGAGCAACGUUGACCUACUGGUCAGCGCAGCCUCUACUACAGGUCAGGCGCGUCGCAGGAAAAACAUGACAGAGUUCCUUGGGGACGCCAGCAUCCCGUCUCCGGACUCCUUGGCCGGGCUGAGCGGCUCUCUGCCAGGCGUAGGACCUGGACCGGACAGCUGGAAGAACCGUGCAGCCAGCCGCUUCUCUGGCUUCUUCAGCUCCAACGCUGUAGCAGGGGCUUUCGGAAAGGAGAUGGACCGCAUGGAGCAGCUCCAGAAUAAGCUGCAGUCGUACACUCUUUUUGGCCUUCCCAAGGUUCCUCCUCAGCUGUCCUUCCACCAGGACUCCUGGGAAGAGGAAGAAGAGGAGACAAGCUUUGCCCUGGAGGACAGCUGGACGCAGCUACUGGACCAUCCUGAGACUUUGACCAGACGCCAGUUCCAUCAGCAGGAGGCUAUCUGGGAGCUUCUGCACACUGAGGCCACCUACAUCAAGAAACUACGAGUCAUCACUGAUUUGUUCCUGUGUGGGCUGUUGAACCUGCAGGAGAGUGGUCUGCUGACAGAGGUGGAGCCAAUGCGUCUCUUCAGUAACAUCCAGGACAUUGUGCGUCUACACACUGCCCUUUGGAGCCAGGUGAUGCUGCCCGCCCUGGAAAUUGCUCGGCAGGCCAGGACCCUUCUCAACCCUGUUGACCUCCACCAUGGCUUCAGGACGAUUGGCUCCCGUUUCAAGCCCUACAUCCGUUACUGCAUGGAGGAAGAGGCCAGCCUGGAGUACAUGAGAUCACUACACAGGGACAACGAGCUCUUCAGGAUCUACGUCACGUGGGCUGAGACUCAUAAGCAGUGUAAUCGUCUUAAGCUUGCUGACAUGCUGGCCAAACCCCACCAGAGACUCACCAAGUACCCCCUACUGCUGAAGGCUGUUCUCAAGAAGACUGACGACUCAUCAUCCCGCGACGCCGUCAGCGGCAUGGUGGCGUGUGUGGAAGGCUUUAUCAACAGUGUGGACUCUCAGAUGCGUCAGCGGGAGGAGCGGCAAAAGCUAGCCACCAUCUCUGGACGCAUUGACUCCUACGAAGCAGUGGAGGGGAGCAGCGAGGAGGUGGAGAAGAUACUGCGUGAGUUUAACUGCUUUGACCUGAUGGCUCCUAUGAGAGGCACAUCACCAGAGGAGACUAGACAACUCCAUCUAGAGGGGGCACUGCGCAUGAAGGAGGGAAAAGACAGCAGGAUGGACGUCUACUGCUUCCUCUUCACGGACCUGCUGCUCAUCACCAAGCCAGUGAAGAAGGUUGAGAAGGUCAAGGUGAUCAGACAGCCACUCCUCAUCCACAAUGUUGUCUGCAAGGAACUCAAGGACCCUGGGUCCUUAAUUAUCAUCUACCUCAAUGAGUUCAAGAGUGCCGUGGCAGCCUACACAUUCCAGGCCAACAGCGCCACCCAGGGGCGAAGCUGGGUAGAUGCCAUCUGCAACGUCCAGAACCAGCUCGAGAGACUGCGGACUGAAGAGGUUCUCAGGCAGCAGACCACCUUACAGCACCGGCUACAUGGAGAGGAAGAAGAGGAGGAGGUGGUAGACGAGAGUAGCAACUCCACCGCCAGCUCUCCCGGCACAAGACACAAAGACGAGCAGGGACCAAGUCAUUCGGACGGCUCCACAGAGACCCUGUCAGUCAUGGACAUAGGAGAAGACUUAGGAGGGCACCCAGACCCCUCUGCCCCACACACAGACCCAGGCGGACCCUUAGAGAAAAGCCUAGUUACCCAACCUAUUGGCCCUGAGCCCCUGCACUGCCACCCUGCUAGCCCCCUGGACCCAGACCGGGACCCUGAGCAAGAGCAGGAGGGGGGUCUGGAGGGAGGGGAGGGUCAGCUGGAACCUCAGUGUCGCUCUCUGUCCAUGGAUAGUGCCUACGGUACCCUCUCCCCAGAGUCCCUCUUGAGAGAGCUGGACCUGCAGACACGGCCAGGCCAGAGCGAUGGAGAGGAGACCGAAGAGGAGGGAGAGGUGGAGAGCCACGAUGUGGGUGUGAAGUUGGACAAGAAGGUGGAAAUGGAACUGGUAGAGGAAGGAGGAGAGGAAGAGGAUUCAACCUCGCUUUGUUCCCAGCUGUCAGUGGUUCAGUCUCUGAAGCCUCGGCGACGCCCCCCGGUGACUCCCCGCCUCCACUGCUUCCAGAGCCGAAACAUCAAGUCCCGUUCAGAGGACAACCUCCUACAGCUUUUCCACGACAACGUCUCUGUCUCCUGGAUACACACCCGCAGCCCUACAGUCCAGGAACAAUCAGAACACAGGAGAGAACAGGCGGAUUGCCUGGCCCAUAGUAAGAGCCUAUCAGAACUUGGCCGAGCCCGUGACCUCACUGGGCUGUUUCAGAUUGACCUCGACUCAGAACAGACUGAUGAUGACUUCCUCACCCUGAGCAUGCCCUCUAGUAAGCUAUGUGACACCCUGAGGAGGGCAGAGGCCCGCAAGAGGGCUCUGGGUGCAGCUGAGGCCUGCGAAGGCAGCAGGAGCCUGGCCAACAGUAGCGGCUCGGCGGUGGCGCCAUCUGGAGGACAGGAAGGGAAGUGCAGUAAGUCGUUGACAGCCGGUGGCCCAGAGGAGCAGUCAUUGGCCAAAAGCAGAAAGUCCCCGGCCCAGCAGCACAAGAAGCUGACCCUUGCCCAGCUCUAUAGGAUACGCACCACCCUAGUGCUCAACUCUACGCUCACCGCAUCGGAGGUGUAACCACUGACAGACAACCAACCAACUAGUGACACCUGAGCAUGAAGAGGAACUACACUUGGUGGUGUCUGCGUGGAGGGGACUGAAUUCCUUGACACAAAUGCACUCUCUCAGAUGCCUUUUCCCUUUAUAUUGCCUGUUGGACAGUGUCUGCUGCACAGUUUUGCUAUCUGACAAUAAGAAUAUUAUUUGCUGUUGCAUUUGGUUUCAGUUUAUUGCGAGGGGAAAGGCAGAGAGACAUUUAAAUGCUUGCACUUUGAAACGGACGGACAUGGCGUUGAGGGGAGCCGAGGCUGGGACCUUUGGGUGGACUGGACAGUUACUGGUGUGGGGUAACACUACCGGCCACCCAAUUAAAGGAGACUGUAAGAGGGGUCGUCCAGGCAUAGAUCUACCUGCUUCAUUCUGCUAUGGACCGGACUGGAUCAGAGAAGAUGUAAGAAAGGCUUGGAUGGCCCAAAAACUCUUAACUCUUAAGUUAUGAAAAAAAAAGUGCACAGUUCCCGAAAUAUACCUGCUCUGUAGAAUGUGGUUGAAAAUACCGGCUCUCUAGAAUGUGGUUGAAAAUAACUGCUCUCUAGAAUGUGGUUAAAAAUAACUUUUCUCAUGAAUGUGGUUGAAAAUAACGGCUCUCUAGAAUGUGGUUAAAAAUACCAGCUCUUUAGAAUGUGGUGGUUGAAUUGCAGCAUUUAGGAUGUCAUGGUAUUUGUACUCCUCCUGGUUCGCUUUUGACAAAACAAUACAUGUUGCACAAUGGUAUCUUUGUGUUAAAUAGAAGAAUCACAAAGGGAAUUACUUUACAUUCACAGUGCACACUUUGAAUUUGCUAUGUGUGUGUGUGGGGGGGGGUUAUGUCUGUGUUUGAAUGAAACAUUGUUCUAAACUCCUGACUGAACCAAAAAUACUUCCUUCGUGAUUUCCAUCCUCUGUGAGUAAUGACAACAUACCCAAAGAUGUAAAGACCUGACUAGCCAGUAGAUUUCAAACUAAAGGUUAACUUACAAGUGUUCAAACAACCAUAACAAACAGAACAUAAUGUAUUACUGUAUGUUAUCAACUGCUGUGUGUUUUCAAAUGUACACAGGCAACUAUUACAUUUUCAAAGUGGCUGCGUUUAAGACAUGGAAUAUUCUCUGGGCUUUGUAUUUUCUACUGGGCUGCUGCAGCCAUUUUUUCAAUGAAUAGUGGUUGUAUGAUUUAACUAUGAGAUGAUGAUGAUCUGGUUUUCCAUUCUCAGAUGAACCCUUGGUUAUUGGGUGGAAUGGAGUUGUUUUGAGGAAACAUUACUGCACCAAUGUAGAACGACGUGAGCAUGCACUCACAACCUGCAGCCUACAUUAGAACAAACAGCAGCAGGUAGAAUGUGGUGAUUGUAAAAAAGCAGUCUACACUAAAAAGUAUUCCAUGUCAUGAUGAGCUUGGAGCACUUUUUGAGACAUUGGAUAUUUUGUGUUUAUUUAAUGUACAGUAACUUAGAAACUGAAAACAAUGGUUUGGUGUUGCAUAUUAUUCAUGAAUGAGUUUUCUUUGAAUGGUUUUCUGUCCACACUAAUAGGAGAAGUGAUUUGGCGGCAGCAUUGACCACCAUAGUAGACUAACAUGGUCUAACUGACAUGCAGCUUGUUCUUAUUGAUGAUUUAAUGAGUUGUUGAAAAACCCUCCUUGUCAAGUGUUUCCCAAACUAAAUAGUUUAACAUUUGUUUACUUCUAGUUUUUGUUUAUUUGUAAUAUUUAUUAAGCUUGCUAUGUUUAUAUAUAUAUAAAUUCUUUGAUUUUAUGACUUGUACAUUUUGUCUUAAUAUUUUAUUUCUUGUUUUUCAUAUCAGGAAUGAUGAAUCUACUAUGUACCAAAACCAUUUGUUUUCCCUUUCAGGAAUGUCUCUAAAGUGUCUUACCAAAUAAAAAAUGAUCAUCAAAUGUUA